UCACAACAGUCAAUAGAGUUUUUGAAAAUAGUAAACUGACGCCUGUUAUGGGAGCGAGUUAAUUUUAAAAGAUUAAAAGUUUCAGUUCAUUUACUUUUUUAUACAAUAACGUAAAUAUAUAUUUAGGAGACGCUUAGCACUAAGUACUUAUGAAGAAGUUGAUAUGAACCUCCAACAUUUUUAAUCGUAUAUACUGUAGAAGUUAAAUAACGUCAAGAAGAAACUAGUUACACAACAACCGACUUUAUCUCAUCAAUGUUUUAAGUAGAAUUCCAACCUAUUUAGGGAUAAGCAUUCAAAUAACCUAUAUUUUUAAUACAAAAAAAUGGCUGAAGCUUCAACAAGUUCAUUGGUGACAUCAACCCCGAUGGUUUCAGAUCCAAGGAGACGUUCUAUAUUAGUUAACACAAAUGCACCAUCUCCACUAAGGAGAUCUUUAAACACGUCAUCACUGAACAGUUCAUUUGUGGAAGUACCAAAUGAUGAUGAUCAAAGAGCGGCUAGAAGAAGCAUUGCAAAGAUUCAAAGACGUUUAACUAACGUGUCGCCUGUAAAAUCAGUGAACUUGAGUGAAUCGUUUAUAAAGGAUCAAUAUGUGGUGUACACUCAUCUUUUUGCAGAAAAUAAAAUAACCUCCAAAAAUGCCUGGAAAUUACAAAUUAUUGAUAUGCUCAAACCGCUCUGCCAGAAAUCUGGCAAAGAUGUUCUACAAGUAGCAACUACCUCAAUAGAUAUCAGUGCAAAGGUCUAUGGCAUCAGAGUUGAUGAUGUUCACUCCGAAGGAUUAAAGUUAGCCAAUAAUAUGGCACGAGUAGCGAAUACUGAUGAGCCAGAUAAUGAUGAAGGUGAACAAUCUGGGGGAGAACAGGAUAAUGCUGCAGCCGCUAGUAAGAAAAAGAAAAGGAAGAGACCAAAUCAAACUGGUGUGAAAAGUACCAUCAACAAAAAUCCUAAAGGUAAUCUUGGAAAAUUACCCAAAUUGGAACCAACUGAUUUUACCACUAGAGUGAAACCAGAUGCAGGGACUAUUGAUAAUCUAUUUACCAACAUGUUGAAAGAGACAUCCAAUUGCUUUAUUGUGUUAGACAAAAAUAAAAAGUAUUUUGAAGAGUCCGAUUCCAUAGUUAAAAAAGAGGAGAAAAUAUCAAUGAAGAACAUAAAAAUUCCAAAAACUGUUGGUAGUAUAAAUCCUUCAUUUAAUGACUUCAUUGUUGAUGUAUGGGAUCCUGAUCAAGAAGAAAAACGAUUAAAUGAAAACUCAAUGCUUUCUCAAAUACAACCAGUGGUAUUUGAUGAUCGUGGUUUCCCGAUACCUGAAUUAGAUGGUUCCAUCCAUGACAUAUUUGAAACUAAUGAUAUGGAUGUGGAUGUGGACGAUGAUGAUGUUAUUGAAGUAAGACAAGCAGAAUCUUUACUUCCACAAAUUCGAGAUAGUGUCCAUGUUGUUGACUACAGACCUAUGGAAAUGAGUAUUCAAACCUCAGAAUAUUCUUUCAAUCCCGUUGUAAGAACUUCAAACGGAAAAUACAUUGAUCAAAUAUGGGCUGGACCGAGCCAUUGGAAACUAAAGUUUAUCAGAAGGUCGACACCAAGAUUUUCAGGAAGAGCGAAUACGACAGAAAAACAACCAACAAAAAGAGGUCGUAAAAAACCUAUAGUUGAGAAGAUCAAUUAUGAAGCAGAGCCCCCAGAAAUAAAUUUUAACAAUGAGUUAGUUAUUAAAAAGAAGCCUCCAGCAGUUGACAUGCAUAAGAUAACACUUCCAUUAAUGGACCAAUCUUGUGCAAGGAUCAUGGAAACGAUGAAAGAGCUAAUGUUAAAGCCAGGAGUGUGUCCAGUUGAGAAAAGUGCGGUUAAAAAAGACGAAAACCGUGAUGAAAUUGAAGUUAGCCCGUAUAAGUAUGAAAACCCUAACGAUUCGCUAUAUUGUUCUCAAAAUCAGGAUGAUAAUGAUAAUGAUGCAGACAUGGAUAACGAUAAUAUAGCAGGCGACGAUGAACAUUUGGUGCAAUUUGGAGGAAAUUUGACUGAUAAUCUGGUGGAAAAUCCAGAAAUGGUACCUAGCACUUACAUACAAUACGCCAAGCAAGCCAAACAAAUAAAUAUGAAAAAACUGAAAAGUGCGAUAUGGUAUAAAUUAACCAACGUCACGAUUGAGACACAAGAUACAAACGUAAAAAUAAUACCACAAACCUAUUCUGAAUUGUACAAAGCAUUGCCGGAUAUAAUGCCCUCCAAGGAAAAAGAAAAAUUGUCAUGUCCACUAGCAUUUUUUGCUUUACUACAUUUAACAAACGAAAAAAAUCUAUCUUUAAGUCGAAUGCCAGGAAAGAAUGAUUGUUAUAUAGAGGGGCCGCAAUAAGAAGACCACAAUAGGUAAAGCUUUUCUCAAAUAAUACGAGAUAAAGUUGGAACAAUUAUAAACUGGUACAAAUAGAACUGUUAAAUAUAUUUUAAUAUUAUAAGUGUUUUUCCAAGAUGUCCAUGUCCAUAUUGUAAAGGCUAUAGCGGGAUGAGAUGGUAAAAUCUGCACUCGGCUGGAUGCGUAUUUGGGAUUGGGCACUAGAAAGUACACAAUUCAAAACCCCUUUAAGCAAAAUGUUUAGCUCCCUAUGUGGCCACUAUGGUAACAAAAAAUAAUGUGUUUUUUCGAAAAAAAAAAUGUUUCUGAGUGAUCCUUUUCUUUAAAAAAUCCAAAGGAAUUUUUUUUGAAUUUUUCAAAAAAAAUUUAGGUUAUGUAAGUAAUUUUUGGCAAACUUCGAAAUAAUUUUUUUUGUGUAUUUGUUUCUGUUCAUUUGAAUGGCGAAGUUAGAUUUGCCAUUUUGUCGCCGGGAAUUCCUUAAAAUUUGAAAACACCCAUUUUUGGUGUACCUAGGUUAUGUGUUUCAAUGGAAUGGCAAACCUGAUGCAGAUAUUAGAAAUAACGAACACAUAUAUCCAAAAUCGUUAUUUAUUGACAUGCAGUUGAAUUUAUGUACUAGAACAUGGGGUAACACAAAAAAAUGGGUUUUUUCAAAUUUUGAGGAAGUUCAGGAGAUAAAAUGGCAAAUCCAACUCCACCAUUCAAAAGAACAGAAAAAAAUAGACAAAAAAUAAUUAAUUGAUGGAUUCGACCGUUACUUGAUGGAAGUUCAUUUUAUCUAACAAUAAAACACUGAAAAUGUUUGUUUUCUAUACUUCCACAAAAUUUAUUAUAAAUAAGUGACUACAGCUGUUUCGGCGGAGUGCCUUUCUCAAGUGAUAUAGUUUACAAUGUGUUUGCCUUUUUAAGUCUUCAACUGAAGAGGUUGAGGAGUGGGGAGCUGUUUGUCUCGAGUUGAUCAUUCAGAAUUAUAUCUGUAUUUUUCAGUUUAUUAAUUUCCAUAGAUUCUUAAAAAGAUAGCUUAAGGCCUUUAUUUUGAAUAUGUAGAAACGAAUAUCCGAAAACGUACAUCGGUCAAACUGGCAGAACUUUUGACAAACGGAUAGCAGAACACAAAAGGGCGUUCAACAAUAGAAAAACAGACACUUCUACAUACGCACUUCACCUUCUAGAUCAUAAUCAUUCUUUCAACGAAGAGUUUCAAAUUCUACAUAUUCAAAAUAAAGGCCUUAAGCUAUCUUUUUUAGAAUCUAUGGAAAUUAAUAAACUGAAAAAUACAGAUAUAAUUCUGAAUGACCAACUCGAGACAAACAGCUCCCCACUCCUCAACCUCUUCAGUUGAAGACUUAAAAAGGCAAACACAUUGUAAACUAUAUCACUUGAGAAAGGCACUCCGCCGAAACAGCUGUAGUCACUUAGUUAUAAUAAAUUUUGUGGAAGUAUAGAAAACAAACAUUUUCAGUGUUUUAUUGUUAGAAAAAAUAAUAAUUUCGAAAUUUGCCAAAACGCUUUUUACAUAAUCAAAAAAAUGUUUUUGGACAAUUCAAAAAUUUUUCCUGGGCUAAAUUUUGAUCGAAAAAAUCUAAAAAAAAAAUCAGCGUGUUUUUGGGCCUUUGUACCUAUGUACAAAUUUUUCAGAUUUUUUAAGGAAAUGGAUCCCUCAGAAACAGUUGUUUUUUGAUAAAAAACACAUUUUUACAAUAGGGGACACCUGGGGAGCUAAAAAUUUGGCUUUCGAAAAAAACGGGAUUUUGAAUUAUGUACUUUUCUAGUGCCUAAUCCCAAAUACAAAUCCAGCCGAGUGCAGAUUUUACCAUCUUAUCGCUUAGCGAUUUUUUUAAUAUUCUGACUACAAUAUGUAUCUAUUAAAAUUUUGAAUAUUUUUAUAUAAGUAAAAUAUCAAAUAAG